UGAACAAUCACACGUUCAAUAAUCGAAGUCUUCAAUCACAUAUUGACAUAUAAAAAAUAUAGAAAAAUCGUGUACGCUAGCAUUAACACCACCUUUGGAAUUUUUUUAAUGCAUUCAGGCACUCCGAGCUUAAACAUUAUAAUUCCGAUGUUGGACCGUACCCUAUGAAAUUAGCCUAGUGAAAGAGUGUGUAUAAAUUAUAAUACAUACAAAUAUGAAAUAUAUUGUAUAUGCUAAAGUUGGUUUGGGACCAUCUCUCACAUAGUCGUUCAAUUCAAAGGCCUGUGUGGUCUGAGUUGUGCACCAGAAAAUAAAUUCAGUCUAUACUCUACACUCUGCUAAAAGGACUCUCUCCUCUGAACCUAAAGCACUGUUUGGCCGCCAUCCUUUUCAUCCCGUAUAUUAUACUUUUAUUUACAUUUAUCACGUGCCUCACGUGACCGUCCUUCUCUCCUGCGCCAAACACCCCCUUAGCUAAUAGUAUAUAGUCUUCAAUCUUCAGCUCUGCAUGUUCAACACCCACAGUAGUCUUUCAUUUUCCCGAUUAUCUCUAACCCUAAUGGAAGCGCUUGGCAUCCUCAAAUUCUGGCGAAAUGCAGCCGACGGCGGCGGCGACGAGGCCUCGUUUUUCGAUUUGGUUGUUAAAUCGCCCGACGGCGCCGCCGCUGGACGAGGUGGCGGAGUCGCGAAGAAGGAUUUGGAGUUUAUCGAAUCUCCGACGGAUGUUUUUCCGACGAAGAAUUCGUCGCCGGUUACUCCCCUGCCGUCGGCGACGAAGUUCAAAGUAUUCAUAUUAGGUUUCCGGAAAUUGUCGAAAUGCGAGAAAACAGAGUCCAACGGCGAGUUGACGGGGUUCAGUCCGGCCAAUCCGAUUCCAAAGUGUGCGAAAACGGCGGCCGCUUCUACAUUGGGAAGAGACGACAGUUUGAGAAGUCACCUGCUCAAAGAAGCCUCCGAUUGCGCAGCUUCACCGGAAAAUUCGCCGCCGGAGGAAUCCGUUCCCAAGUAUCUGAAGCUGUUUAAACCUCUGUUGCAGUCGAAGGUCUGGAAGAGGCAGAACGAGAAGGCGAAGUCCACGGCUUCCUCAACGGCGCCGUCUUCUACUCCGGCGAAGGCGCGUGCGCAUUCAUCGCCGAGAAAUUCCUCCGACGGCGGCGGCAGGGUGGGGGGGUUUAAGAUCGUAACGAAGCAUUUGGGGAAAAGUCGAUCGGCGCCGUCGGUAAUCGCUGCGGCACCGCCUAUCCGUCGGAGAGACGAUUUGCUGAUGGAACAGCAGGAUGGAAUCCGGAGCGCCGUUCUCUAUUGCAAAAAAUCCUACAAGUCUUCACCUGGAAAAGAAUUUUCACCAUUGUUUCGAUCUUCGACUGAUGAUGCUUCGCACGUGAAAUUGGGACAAGAGCCAAAGAGAUGUAGCAUUUGAAUUUUAGAAAAGAAAAUAGGUUUUUACUUUUUAAGAUCAUCUUUUGUAAAUCUGAAAAUUAGUGUGAAAUGUGAAUGCCCAAUGAGUUUUGAAGAAAUUUUCCCAAGCAAAAGAAGUGUUGGUUUACUUUCCGGACUGUUAAUUUCUAGAGAGAGAAACUGAUCUUAUGCCUUAAUCUAUAUUCUAUAGUGCAAUUUUAUUAUACAGCAUCCGAUGAAAUUCAACGAGUUGAACAUCGAAAAACCCAACCGAUUUACACCUCUAUAGUGGUUCGUCGGAGCCACUAACAAGAAACUAUGCUCCCGAGUGUGCGCGCAUUAUUUGUACUUCUAACGUCAAAGGUGAAGAAGACUCGAAGAGACCCCUUAAUAUCUAGAGGUUGCAAGAUUGGAUCGAUUUCGUUCAACGUUAUUCUUUUAUAGAAUAUGUAAUUUAAAAAUUACCAUAGGGUGCUUCAUUAUCCAACGAGAUAUAUACAUAUGUAUUAUUUCAAAUAAUUAUAUUAUUUGA